AUGCUCAAAGUGUCCACUUUUUUAUUUUUAUUUUUGGGAUUAGCUGGAUUUUCCGGAUUUGAAUCAAAGUCGUUGCCAUGCUCUCAAGUACAAAAAGACCAUGGAAUCGUGUGUCGAUGCAACGCCACCUAUUGUGAUACCAUUGAGCCUCUAGGUACAGUAACCGCUGGGAAAGCUGUUAUUUAUACAACUUCGAAGAAAGGAAAACGAAUGGAUAGAACCGAAUUGAAGCAUUCAACGUCUUCUAAUGCGAAAACGAAAGUCUACGUCAAUGGAACUCAAACCUACCAACAAAUCAUGGGAUUUGGUGCUGCCUUUACUGAUGCAGCUGGAAUCAACAUGCUGACUUUGCCACAAGCGAUGCAGGAUCAAAUUAUUCAGCAGUAUUUUUCUGAUGACGGUCUUGGCUACGUCUUUGGAAGAGUUCCAAUGGCUUCUUGCGAUUUUUCAACCCAUGAAUACAGUUAUGACGAUGUUGCAUUUGAUUUUCAGCUCACGAAAUUUAACUUGACUAUGGAAGAUUUCCAGUAUAAGAUUCCAUUCAUCAAGAAGGCAAUGGCAGUUUCGAACGGGAAAUUGAAGCUGUUCGCAACGCCAUGGAGCUCGCCUGCGUGGAUGAAGACGUCGGGACGGAUGAUUGGAGCAGGAGAAUUGAUUGGAGAUCAAAAUGGAAAAUAUUAUCAGACAUGGGCACAGUAUUUUGUCAAAUUCUUCGAAGCCUAUCACGCCCAAGGAAUUGACUUCUGGUCUCUGACGCCUCAAAAUGAGCCAACUACGGGAAUCGAUCCGUUCUGGAAGUGGCAAACUUUGUACUUUGAUGCUUCAAUGGAGCGUAAUUUUAUCAAGAAACUAUUGGGACCAGCAUUGGCUGCCAAUCCAGUCACCAAGAAUAUGAAAAUUAUGAUUAAUGAUGAUCAGAGAAUCAAUUUGCCGCAUUGGCCGAAAGUUAUCCUCUCCGAUCCCAUGGCUGCACAAUACGUCAAUGGAAUCGCGCUCCAUUGGUAUGAAGAUUUCAUAGAUCCCGCUACCGUAGUCACAGAAACCCAUAAUCUCUAUCCGGAUUACUUCAUAUUGGCCACUGAAGCAUGCGCUGGAUACGAGCCAGCCUUGGGACCGAAGUUAGGAUCAUGGUCUAGAGCUGAGCAAUAUGCAAAUGAUCUGAUUAAAGACAUUGGAAACUGGGUUGCAGGAUGGGUCGACUGGAAUUAUAUGCUCGAUUUGCAAGGCGGUCCAAACCUUGUCAAAAACUUUGUCGAUGCAACUCUCAUCGUAAAUGCUACUGCUCAAGAAUACUACAAACAACCGAUUUGGCAUGUUAUGGCUCAAUUCAGCAAGUUUAUCAAGCCAGGAAGUACUCGGAUUCAAACUACUAUUAUCGAGAAAUCUGUUGAUGUGGAGGGUCUCUCCUUCCUGAAUGCAGAUGGUACCAAAACGGUGGUUUUGUUGAAUAAGAAUGAGGUACUCGAUUUCGAGGUAGCAGUAAGUGAUGUCUUGGCACCAAAUGUCAUCUAUGAUUUGACGAUUCAAGCCAAUUCUUUAGUCACUAUUGUGUAUAAAUGA